AUGCCACAGCUACCAGGCAAGGAUGAUAUCCAAGGCACAUGGGAUUUCCUCGCCAUAGGCGUCGAGAAGAUUAUGAACCACCUGCGCGACGGCAUCGAUCUCAAGACAUACAUGAGCCUGUACACAGCCAUCCACAACUUCUGCACCGCUCAGAAGGCCGUCGGUCAAUCAACAAACCUCAACGCCACACAUCGUGGAGCACAUCUUCUCGGAGAAGAUCUCUACAAGCGCCUAAAUGAUUACCUCAAAUCACACCUCGCCAGCGUCCACGCUGAGAUGAUCAAGCAUUCUGACGAGGCUCUCUUGACCUUCUACAUCAAGGAGUGGAACCGUUACACCACCGCCGGCACCUACAACAACCACUUGUUCCGCUACCUCAACAGACAUUGGGUCAAGCGUGAGAUUGACGAGGGCAAGAAGGACAUAUAUGAUAUUUACACAUUGCACCUGGUCAGAUGGAAGGAGGACAUGUUCGGUACCACCCAAAAUGCCGUUAUGGAUGCCGUUUUGCACCUUGUCGAGAAGCAACGCAACGGAGAGACGAUCGAGCAAAGUCAGAUCAAGAGUGUCGUCGACUCGUUCGUAUCAUUGGGCAUCGACGAGCAGGACAGCACAAAGUCUACCCUCGAUGUCUACCGCGUCUACUUUGAGAAGCCCUACCUCGAGGCCACCGAAAAGUACUACGCCCAAGAGUCCCGCCAGUUCCUCGCAGAAAACACCGUUGUCGAAUACAUGAAGAAGGCCGAGCAGCGUCUCGAAGAAGAGAGGGAACGUGUUCCUCUCUAUCUUCUCAACGAGAUCAUGGCUCCCUUGAUGAAGACUUGCGAGAAGGCUCUGAUCACUGAUCAUUGUGCCAUCCUGCGCGACGAGUUCCAGGUUCUUCUUGACAACGAUAGAGUCGAAGACAUGACGCGCAUGUACAAGCUACUUGCUCGUAUUCAGGACGGCCUGGACCCUCUGCGCAGCAAGUUCGAGGCCCAUGUUCUCCGAGCUGGUAACGCUGCUGUCGACAAGGUUGCCUCUGCUGCCGAGAACUCGGUUGACCCCAAGACUUACGUUGACGCCCUGCUGGAGGUUCACACCAAAUACUCGGACCUUGUCCAGACCGCAUUCAAUGGCGAGUCUGAGUUUGUUCGCAGUCUCGACAAUGCUUGCCGCAACUACGUCAACCGCAACGCCAUCUGCAAGAACGGCUCAACACGUUCUCCUGAGCUUCUAUCCAAGCACGCCGAUACUUUGCUGAAGAAGUCAACCAAGAGCACUGAGGAAGAUGACAUGGAGCAACAGCUUAACCAAGUCAUGACUGUCUUCAAGUACAUUGAGGACAAGGACGUGUUCAACAAGUUCUACUCCAAGACACUGGCCAAGCGUCUAGUCCAAGGAACAUCUGCCUCCGGCGACGCUGAGACGAGCAUGAUUUCCAAGCUGAAAGACGCAAGUGGUUUCGAGUACACCAACAAGCUGCAGCGAAUGUUCCAGGACAUGCAGACAUCCAAGGAUCUCAAUGCAUCAUACGAGGACUGGUGCAAAGAGAACCUCGAGGAGGCUGACCGUAAGACCAUCAUCGACUCUUACUACAAUAUUCUUGGUACGGGUUUCUGGCCGCUGCAGCCAUCAAACACGCCCUUCACGCCGCCACAGGACAUUGCGCGCACGUACGAGCGUUUCCAAAACUACUACCUCAAGAAGCACGGUGGCCGCAAGCUGACAUGGCUGUGGCAUCUCUGCAAGGGUGAGAUCAGAGCAAACUACGUCAAGAUGAACAAGGUCCCCUACACUUUCCAAGUGUCAACUUAUCAGAUGGCAAUCUUGCUCCUCUUCAACGACAGCGAGACAGUCAGCUAUGACGAGAUCUCUGAAGCUACCAAGCUGAGCAAGGACACGCUCGAUCCCUCGAUUGCCAUCAUGCUCAAGGCAAGAGUGCUCACAGCCAAGCCCGAUGGUGCCGGUCAAGCAAGUGGUACUACCUACACGUUGAACCAUGGCUUCAAGAACAAGAAGCUGAAGGUGAACCUCAACAUUGCCAUCAAGUCGGAGCAGAAGCAAGAAGUCGAGGAGACGCACAAGACGAUCGAGGAGGACAGAAAGAUGCUCAUGCAGUCUGCCAUUGUUCGCAUCAUGAAGUCUCGCAAGACAAUGAAGCACACUCAGCUGGUUGCCGAGGUCAUCUCGCAAAUCAAGAACAGAUUCGUGCCUAAGGUGCCGGACAUCAAGAAGUGCAUCGACAUUCUCCUGGAGAAGGAGUACCUCGAGCGUUUGGAAGGCGACGAGCUAGGUUACCUGGCUUGA